UAGCUCCUUCCUGGCCACAGCAUUGAGGGCCAAGAGGAUGAAGAUGCAGAGUGGCUGGGCCAUGCAGGUAGCCCUAUUGGUGCUGGGGCUGCUCAGCCUGAUGACUCCACUUGUUUAUGCCCGGGACCGGAGGUACCAGGAUUUGGUGAAUGAAUUCAUUCAGGAAUACAACACGAAGUCCGGAUCAGAAAACCUCUUUCGUCUCUCAAUCCUGAAUCUGCAAUCUGGGGAAAACAAUGAUGCUGCUGCUCCUCGACUUCUGAGCUUCACCAUGAGGGAGACCGUGUGCCCCAAUACUGAAAAUCGCAAUCCGGAUGAAUGUGACUUCAAGGAAAAUGGGGUGGUGAAAGAAUGCCUUGGAGCCAUUGCCCUGGAUUCUCCUAAGCCCUCUGCUGAUAUUUCCUGUGAUGGGCCUGAAAAGAUCAAGAGAGGUGGAAUCUGGAAACUAAUAAGGCCCCUGGGAAGAGGCGCUGGCAGAAUAUUGAGGCACUUUCAUAUUGAUUUUUGUGGAAAUUGUUAGACUGCAAUGUGAGACUGAGCCUCAGUUUCUGUUUAAGGCCCUGCGCUCUGCCUUGGUCUCCUCAGAUUAAUAAACUCCAGUUUUACUCUCUC